UUAGAUGACAUCAUAUAGUUUUCCUGCAUGAAAAAUCAUUUAAAUAUUGCACACAAAUCUUUGUGAAAGAAGAAAAGAAAAUUCAGCUUUUGGAUCUCAGCAGGAGUGAAGCUAAUGCAGCUUAAAAUAAUGCCGAAAAAGAAGUGCUUAUCUGCAGGCAGAGUGCCCCUGAUUCUCUUCCUGUGCCAGAUGAUUAGUGCGCUGGAAGUACCUCUUGAUCUGGUACAACCUCCAACCAUCACUCAGCAGUCUCCAAAAGAUUACAUCAUUGACCCUCGGGAGAACAUUGUAAUCCAGUGUGAGGCCAAAGGGAAACCUCCUCCGAGCUUUUCCUGGACCCGCAAUGGGACUCAUUUUGACAUAGAUAAAGAUCCUCUGGUCACCAUGAAGCCUGGCUCAGGAACACUCAUAAUCAACAUUAUGAGUGAAGGGAAAGCAGAGACCUAUGAAGGCAUCUAUCAGUGUACGGCAAGGAACGAGCGCGGAGCUGCAAUUUCUAAUAACAUUGUUGUUCGUCCAUCCCGAUCACCAUUGUGGACCAAAGAAAAACUUGAACCAAUAACCCUUCCAAAUGGCCAUCCUUUAGUACUUCCCUGUAGACCUCCAAUUGGAUUACCACCAGCUAUAAUAUUUUGGAUGGAUAACUCCUUCCAAAGACUUCCACAAAGUGAAAGGGUUUCCCAAGGUCUGAAUGGAGAUCUUUAUUUUUCCAAUGUCCUCCCAGAAGACACCCGUGAAGACUAUAUCUGUUAUGCCAGAUUUAAUCACACUCAAACCAUACAACAGAAGCAGCCUAUCUCUCUGAAGGUGAUUUCUGUGGAUGAAUUGAAUGACACUAUAGCUGCUAAUUUGAGUGACACUGAGUUUUAUGGUGCUAAAUCAAGUAGAGAGAGGCCACCAACAUUUUUAACUCCAGAAGGCAAUGCAAGUCACAAAGAGGAAUUAAGAGGAAAUGUGCUUUCAUUAGAGUGCAUUGCAGAAGGCCUGCCUACCCCACUUAUUUACUGGAUAAAAGAAGAUGGAACACUACCUGCCAACCGAACCUUUUAUCGGAAUUUCCAGAAAACCUUGCAGAUCAUUCAAGUAUCAGAAGCAGACUCUGGGAAUUACCAGUGUAUAGCCAAAAAUGCAUUAGGAGCCAUUCAUCAUACCAUUUCUGUCACGGUUAAAGCGGCUCCAUACUGGAUCAUGGCACCUCGAAAUCUUGUGCUGUCCCCAGGGGAAGAUGGAACCCUGAUCUGCAGAGCUAAUGGCAACCCCAAACCCAGAAUUAGCUGGUUAACAAAUGGAGUUCCAAUAGAAAUUGCUCCUGAUGACCCCAGCAGAAGAAUAGAUGGUGAUACCAUAAUUUUUACAAAUGUUCAAGAAAGAUCAAGUGCGGUUUAUCAGUGCAAUGCCUCUAAUGAGUAUGGAUAUUUACUGGAAAACGCAUUUGUCAAUGUUCUUGCUGAGCUCCCACGAAUCCUCACAUCUGCAAACACACUCUACCAGGUCAUUGCAAACAGGCCUGCUUUCCUAGAUUGUGCUUUCUUUGGGUCUCCUCUGCCUACCAUUGAGUGGUUUAAAGGAGCUAAAGGAAGUGCUCUUCAUGAAGACAUUUAUGUUGUACAUGAAAAUGGAACUUUAGAAAUUCCUGUGGCCCAGAAGGACAAUACAGGAACCUACACAUGUGUUGCCAGGAAUAAAUUAGGGAUGGCAAAGAAUGAAGUUCACUUGGAAAUCAAAGAUCCAACGAGGAUCAUUAAACAACCGGAAUAUGCAGUUGUGCAGAGAGGAAGCACAGUGUCUUUUGAAUGCAAAGUAAAACAUGAUCACACCCUAAUUGCCACUGUCUCAUGGCUGAAGGACAAUGGUGAGCUGCCCAAUGAUGAAAGGUUCACUGUCAACAAGGACCACUUGGUGGUGACUGAUGCGACAGACAGUGAUGGGGGAACCUACACAUGUGUGGCCAACACGACUCUGGAUGCUGUGUCUGCCAGCGCCGUACUCAGUGUUGUUGAUGUCCCCAAUCCUCCUUUUGAUUUAGAAUUAACCAAUCAACUGGAAAAGAGUGUUCAGCUCUCAUGGACCCCAGGAGAUGACAAUAACAGCCCUAUUACAAAAUUCAUCAUUGAAUAUGAAGAUGCCAUGCAUGAGGCAGGGCUAUGGCACCACCAGGCUGAGGUUUCUGGAACACAGACCACAGCCCAGCUGAAGCUGUCUCCAUACGUGAACUACUCCUUCCGGGUGAUGGCCGAGAACAGCAUUGGGAGGAGCCUGCCCAGUGAGGCCUCUGAACAGUACCAGACCAAAGCCGCAGAACCAGAUAAAAAUCCCACAGCUGUGGAAGGAUUGGGAUCAGAACCUGAUAAUUUGGUGAUUACUUGGAAGCCCUUGAAUGGUUUCGAAUCAAAUGGGCCAGAUCUCCAGUACAAAGUGAGCUGGCGCCAGAAAGAUGGAGAUGAUGAAUGGACAUCUGUGGUUGUGGCAAAUGUAUCCAAAUAUAUUGUGUCCGGCACACCAACCUUUGUCCCCUACCUGAUAAAAGUUCAGGCCCUGAAUGUUGUGGGGUUUGCUCCAGAGCCUGCUGUAGUGAUGGGACAUUCUGGAGAAGACCUCCCUAUGGUGGCUCCCGGGAAUGUGCGUGUGAGUGUGGUGAACAGUACCUUGGCUGAGGUGCACUGGGACCCGGUGCCUCUGAAAAGUAUCCGAGGUCACCUGCAAGGCUACCGGAUUUACUACUGGAAGGCACAGAGUUCUUCCCAAAGAAACAGACGGCACAUUGAGAAGAAGAUCCUCACCUUCCAGGGCAGCAAGACCCACGGCAUGCUUCCCGGGCUGGAACCCUUCAGCCACUACACACUGAACGUCCGUGUGGUCAAUGGGAAAGGGGAGGGCCCGGCCAGCCCCGACAGAGCCUUCAGCACUCCCGAAGGAGUCCCCAGUGCUCCCUCCUCUUUGAAGAUUGUGAAUCCCACACUGGACUCUCUCACUCUGGAAUGGGAUCCCCCGAGCCACCCAAACGGCAUUUUGACAGAGUACACCCUAAAAUAUCAGCCAAUAAACAGCACUCAUGAAUUAGGCCCUCUGAUAGAUUUAAAAAUUCCUGCCAACAAGACACACUGGACUGUAAAAAAUUUAAAUUUCAGCACUCGGUAUAAGUUUUAUUUCUAUGCCCAAACAUCCGUAGGACCUGGAAGUCAAAUUACUGAGGAAGCAAUAACAACUGUGGAUGAAGCUGGUAUUCUUCUACCUGAUGUAGGUGCAGGCAAAGGCAAAGAAGAAUGGAGAAAAGAAAUUGUAAAUGGUUCUCGGAGCUUCUUUGGGUUAAAGGGUCUAAUGCCAGGAACAGCAUACAAAGUUCGAGUUGGUGCUGAGGGGGACUCUGGUUUUGUGAGUUCAGAGGCUGUGUUUGAGACAGGCCCAGCAAUGGCAAGUCGGCAGGUGGACAUUGCAACUCAGGGCUGGUUCAUAGGUCUCAUGUGUGCUGUUGCUCUCCUUAUCCUAAUCUUGCUGAUCGUUUGCUUCAUCAGAAGAAAUAAAGGUGGCAAAUAUCCAGUUAAAGAAAAGGAGGAUGCCCAUGCAGAUCCUGAAAUCCAGCCCAUGAAGGAAGAUGAUGGAACUUUUGGAGAAUACAGUGACGCAGAAGACCACAAGCCUUUGAAAAAAGGAAGUCGAACACCUUCAGACAGGACUGUGAAAAAAGAAGAUAGUGAUGAUAGCCUGGUUGACUAUGGUGAGGGGGUGAAUGGCCAGUUCAAUGAGGAUGGCUCUUUCAUUGGACAAUACAGCGGUAAGAAAGAGAAAGAACCAGCUGAGGGAAAUGAAAGUUCAGAGGCACCUUCUCCUGUCAACGCCAUGAAUUCUUUUGUUUAAUCUUUAAGCUCUUUGCCAAUGUCCCGUUUCUCUAGAAUAUUUAUCUUAAGCACUUGUUUGUCAGGCCUCUCAUACUAUGAAUAUAUGGGUUGAAAGUAUCCUUUCUGCUCUAUGUUAAUAUUAUGAGCACAGUUAAAUCAAGAACAUAACUCAGUCAAAUGAUAUGUUGAUGUGAACUUGAGUGCAAAGUACAUAUACUUUUUCAUUUAAUGUGGGUUUUUUUUAUUUCCUCGGUACUUGAUCAAAAUAAUGCAACACCAUCAGCAGAUCGCGUUAUUUCCUCUCUGUUAUACAAUAAGAUGCAUGGGAAAUGCUACACAUUUAAGUCAUACCUGUGUAUGUUACCAAAACAUGGCUUGACACUUUGUUUAUACUAUCUUCAGCUGAACCCCUAAAUAUGAACUCCGUUUUCAUUGUUGAGAGUGCUACUAUAGUAUUUUCUAGAACUUCAAUGUCUUUGUGGACAUUGUUGUGAAAUUGGUGACUCUAUGUCUAGCUGUUGUUAGUCUUUUUGGGAGACUGUUAGGAAAAGUAUGUACAGUAUAUUCUUGCUAAAUGAGUUAACAAUGAGAGUUGCAUUUGCUGAUGCUUACUGAGACUCUGUUACCUGCUUAUUGCUCCUGUUACUCCAUAGGCAUCUUAAUCUUCCAGGUAUUACAGCAACACAGUGUUCUACUUUUUACAUUGUCUCUACAUUCAGUUAUUUUUAGACAAAAACAAUGUGUAUUACAACACCUUUUGCAUCUGUACCAUCUGAAAGAACUGAAAACAAAUUACCCUAAUUAAAUCUCAAAAAUUAUUCCAGAAAACACAGGGCAAGACAUAUCCAGUGCCUUCAGACAAUAAGCAUUCCAGAGCAUACCACAUUCUCUAGCAGCUGGUAUGGUCAGCUCCAUCCUACAUUACUAUCAUUGUCAAAAAGUAACUUCUAGAAAGCAGAGAUAAUGAAAACUGCAAGACUGAAAGAAAUAGAAAUAUGAAAAAUUAAAAUGGUAAGACAUCGUUUUGAGGAGUAUUUCCCCAUCAAUAUAAAAAGAAGAUCUUUAUCAUCAGCUGGGACACAUUUAAGGUUUCUCUUCAAAUGAGGCACAUUCA